AUCUUUCUCGCUAUGUCAACAUCCACCAGCUGUCCGAUUCCCGGGGGCCAGAGCCAGCUGCCAGAUUGCUACAGCACCACACCAGGGGGCACGCUAUAUGCCACUACCCCGGGAGGCACCAGGAUCAUCUACGACCGAAAGUUCCUGCUGGAGUGCAAGAACUCUCCCAUUGCCCGGACACCUCCCUGUUGCCUCCCUCAGAUUCCCGGGGUCACAACUCCAAUAGCACCACUCUCCAAGCUGGAGGAGCUGAAGGAGAAGGAGACAGAGGAAGAGAUACCCGAUGACGCACAAUUUGAAAUGGACAUCUGAUCCUGCACAGAUGACCCAGUGUGUGGAAUUAUAGAGGGAUCCCUCAAGCC